AUGGGGAAGACAGGCGGGAUUUUUCGCUAUGCCGAUGGCGCCGAUAAGUUGUUAAUGGUGUUUGGGACUUUAGGCAGCAUUGGAGAUGGGUUGAUGACUCCACUUACCAUGCUGGUUUUUAGUGGUUUGCUCAAUGAAUAUGGAGCUUCUAAAUCCUCUCUCUCAAAUGAUACAGUAGACAAGUAUUCACUCAGGCUGCUCUACGUUGCCAUUGGAGUUGGGAUAUGCGCUUUUAUUGAAGCAAUUUGUUGGACUAGAACCGCCGAGAGGCAGACAUCUCGCAUUAAAAUGGAAUACUUGAGAUCAGUGCUAAGGCAAGAAGUUGCCUUCUUUGACAAUCAAUCAGCAUCUUCCAAUACCUUCCAAGUUGUCUCUACAGUCUCUUCUGAUGCCAAUCUAAUCCAAGACGCCAUUGCUGAAAAGAUACCAAAUUUCUUGGCUCAUCUCUCAUCAUUUAUUGCAUGCUUCCCAAUUGCGUUUCUACUUUCUUGGCGACUUGCAGUGGCGGCUUUUCCAUUCUCUCUUAUGGUUAUUAUUCCCGGACUUGGAUUCGGUAAGGUACUCAAGGACUUAGGAGGUAAAAUAAAGGAUGCUUAUGGGAUCGCCGGUGGCAUCGCAGAACAAGCAAUUUCGUCUAUUCGCACUGUUUAUUCAUACACCGGGGAGCAUAAAACACUCGAAAGAUUCAGCAGAGCACUUAAAAAAUGUACAGAUCUUGGCAUAAAACAAGGUCUCAUGAAGGGAAUACUAAUUGGAAGCAUGGGAAUGGUUUAUGCUUCUUGGGCUUUCCAGGCCUGGGUUGGUAGCAUGAUUGUAACUGAAAGAGGUGAAAAAGGUGGAAAUGUUUUCAUCUCUGGAGUCUGUCUAAUUUUAGGAGGAUUUUCUGUAAUGCAGGCACUUCCAAAUCUAUCUUUCAUCUCAGAGGCGAUAAUCGCAGUAACCCGGAUUUUCGUGAUGAUUGACCGGGUUCCCCUCAUUGACAGUGAAGAUGAAAAGGGAAAAGUUCUGAAAGAAGUAAGGGGAAACAUAGAAUUUAGAGAUGUCAACUUCAGUUAUCCAUCAAGGCCUGACACCCAAGUUCUUCAAGGAUUUAAUCUUAAAGUGAAAGCUGGUAAGACGGUUGGUCUUGUUGGAGGAAGUGGUUCUGGAAAGUCCACCAUCAUUUCUUUACUGGAAAGAUUCUACGACCCAGUUAAAGGAGAUAUUCUUCUUGAUGGUUACAAAUUAAACAAACUUCAUCAGAAAUGGUUGAGAUCCCAACUGGGAUUAGUAAAUCAAGAACCAAUUCUCUUUGCAACUUCAAUAAAAGAGAAUAUUUUGUUUGGCAAAGAAGGAGCUUCAAUGGAGGCUGUUAUAGGAGCAGCCAAGGCUGCAAAUGCACAUGACUUCAUUGCUAAACUACCUGAAAGUUAUGACACUCAAGUUGGGCAAUUUGGAGUUCAGUUAUCUGGAGGACAAAAGCAGAGGAUUGCUAUAGCAAGGGCUUUAAUAAGGGACCCGAAAAUCCUUCUGCUAGAUGAAGCCACAAGCGCUUUGGAUGCUCAGUCUGAAAGGGUUGUACAGGAAGCACUAGACAAGGCUUCAAAAGGAAGAACAACAAUUGUCAUUGCUCAUCGCCUUUCCACGGUUCGAAAGGCAGAUUUGAUAGCGGUUCUUCAAUCAGGAAGAGUGGUUGAAUUAGGCUCUCAUGAUGAUUUGAUUCAGAAAAACGAUGGACAAGGAGGUGCUUAUAGAAAAAUGGCCGAAUUACAACAAUCAAACACGGAAAACCACAAUGCCUCGAGUAGUUUUGAUCGACCAAUGGAAGGUAGGAGAGACAGGAAAACAUUGAGUGCCUUCCAUUCACCAUCACUUGUAGAUGUGAAAUCAAGCUGGCAGAAUAGCCCAGCCAACCCAUUUAGUCCUCUUAUAUUUUCCAUCAGUGUCGCAAAUUCUUUCCAAAUGAGCCAAUACAGUGAGUCUCACAAUAAAAACCCACAAAAUGAUUCUUCUCCUCCUCCAUCUCAGUGGCAUUUGUUUAAGAUGAAUGCACCUGAGUGGAAGCAAGCACUACUAGGGUGUUUAGGGGCUGCUGGAUUCGGAGCUAUUCAGCCAAUUAACUCCUAUUGUAUGGGAACUGUUCUUUCAGCUUACUUCCUAAAAGAUAGCUCCUCUUUGAAAUCAGAAAUCAAAACCUACUCCUUUAUCUUUGUAAAUUUAACAGUUUUGAGCUUCAUUACAAAUCUCCUUCAACAUUACAACUUUGCGGUUAUGGGAGAGCGAUUAACGAAAAGGGUGCGUGAAAAAAUGCUCAGAAAAAUUCUCACCUUUGAGAUAUCAUGGUUUGAUCAAGAUGAGAAUUCGAGUGCAGCUAUCUGCGCACGUCUAGCCAACGAAGCAAGCAUGAUUAGAUCUCUCGUUUCGGAACGCAUGUCAUUGCUGGUUCAGAUUUUCUUUAGUGCCUUCUUGGCUUUUCUCUUGGGGUUAAUCAUCACAUGGAGGAUAGCCAUUGUAAUGAUUGCAAUUCAGCCUUUGCUUAUAGGGAGCUUCUAUUCAAGGAGUGUUUUGAUGAAAUUUAAGUCUAGAAAGGUGCAGAAAGCGCAGAGUAAAGGCAGUCAACUGGCAAGUGAAGCUACAAUAAACCAUAGGACUAUCACAGCCUUUUCCUCUCAAAAACGAAUAUUGGACCUCUUUGCGCUGUCGAUGAAAGAUACUAGGAAGGAGAACAUCAAACAAUCAUGGUUUUCGGGCUUAGGCUUGUUUACGUCUCAGUUUUUGACAACUGCUGCUAUAGCUUUAACUUUCUGGUAUGGAGGAAGGCUCAUAAAUAAACAGUUAGUGACUCCAAAACAUUUGUUUCAGGUAUUUUUCAUCUUAAUGAGCACUGGAAAAAACAUUGCUGAUGCAGGGAGCACGACCUCUGAUCUUGCCAAAGGUGUUGGUGCCAUCAAAUCAAUUUUUGCAAUCCUGGAUAGGAAAACCGAGAUCGAGCCUGAAAACCCGAAAAGUGUUGAGAAGACCAUCAAGGGACAAAUAGAAUUGAAGAAUAUAGUUUUCUCUUAUCCAGUCAGACCUGACCAAAUGAUUUUCAAGGGUCUAAGUCUCAAGAUAGAAGCUGGAAACACAGUUGCACUGGUGGGGCAAAGUGGAUCUGGAAAGUCUACUGUCAUUGGAUUGAUUGAAAGAUUUUAUGAACCGAUAAGUGGAUCGGUCUUGAUUGAUGAGUAUGACAUUAAGCACUAUAAUUUGAGGCAGUUGAGGUCACAAAUUGCUUUGGUUAGUCAAGAGCCUACACUUUUUGGAGGCACAAUCCGUGAAAACAUUCUUUAUGGUAAAGAAGAUGCUUCAGAAGUUGAAUUAAGGAAGGCGGCGAAACUUGCCAAUGCUCAUGAAUUUAUAAGCUCAAUGAAAGAUGGAUAUGACACUUAUUGCGGAGAGAGAGGAACACAACUCUCAGGAGGGCAGAAGCAGAGGAUAGCUCUAGCAAGGGCAAUACUCAAGAACCCGAAAAUCCUUCUCCUGGACGAGGCGACAAGUGCGCUUGAUAGCGCGUCGGAAAGUCUAGUCCAAGAGGCAUUGGAGAAGAUGAUGGUUGGAAGAACAUGUGUGGUUGUAGCUCACCGUUUGUCCACCAUACAAAAGGCAGACUCUAUAGCUGUGAUAAAGAAUGGGAAGGUCUCAGAACAAGGAUCACACUCUGAGUUACUUGCUAUUGGACGUCAUGGUGCUUACUACUCCCUUGUAAAACUUCAAAAUCACUCACAAAGCUGA